CGUCGGACUCACGGUACAUCCGGGUUGAACACUGCCCCGACACCGGCGACCGCUUCUUCUGGUAUCUGUGCGAGCGGUACGUUCUGUCGCCGUCGAGGCGAGACUUCGUGAAGGCGCCGACCAGCCUGUCCUGCAUCCGACAGCUGCAAGCCUGCGCGGAACUGACUUCGUGCGGGAGCAUGCGAGACAGGGAACGAAUUGAGAAAGAUUUCCCCAGCCCGCUGAAACCGCUCGACUCCGAGGUGGUGGGCACGCGGCAGCGGCUUUUCGGCGAAAACGCGAUCCAGGGGGUGCCGGAGCCCACGCUCGGCGCCUGCAUCAUCGAGGAGUUCACCGGCAGCUUCUUCUACAUUUUCCAGUUGAUGUCUUUCUGGCUCUGGGCGUCGGUGGAGGAGCUGCACAUCGGCUUGGUGUGGGAGUUCAUCUUCGUUCUGAGCGGUCUGUGGAACGCCAGGAACAAACGCGACAGCCUCCAGCAAGUGCACCGGCUAGCGAAGUACAACGCGGAAGUCAUGGUACUGCGCCACGGCCGCGAAUCCUGGAUCUACCCGGAGCCGACACCCAUGGAGGUACAUGCUGAUUUGCAUUUACUUAGUACUAUAGGAUGCUGUUGAUGAAAAAAAUUUUUUACGUGAUUCGAUUUGUUUCGAAACUGUGUGCUGUUGUGGUUCGUUCCACGAGAAACAUUAAGUCUCUCAUCUGUCUCUUUUCCUAUAGACUCAUGUUUCCCAAAACUCCCGUGCAGGUCUCCUCCACGUGCUUAGUUCCCGGGGAUCACAUUCGUGUGAACACGGGGAUGACUUUGACCUGCGACUGCAUUCUUGUGCAGGGUGACAACCUGAUCAUGAACGAGGCCGCGCUGACCGGGGAGGCGACACCCGUGCAAAAGUUCAGCGUACAGAAGAGCGAGUUGAUAGAAGUAGGGUUGAUGGCUGAUGACAGGAGGAGAGACGACAUGAUGCAGGUAGCGAACACGAGGAACAUGAUGUCGACUACUUUCAACAAUACUUCCGCACCUCCGCAGCGCGUGACGGACUUGUCCUCCAUGAAGCAGCACAUUCUGUUCGCGGGCACGCAAGUUUUUUCCGGAGGUGGUGUCGCCGUGGUUUACGCGAUCGGGGUUGGCACGACGCGCGGCAGCCUCAUACGACAAAUGCUGUUGGAAGGGUCUGACGCACAAGCGUUGCUGGACGAGGACCAUCAUAUGGGGGACCUCGAGGAGCAAAUUGCGGAAAGUGAGUACUACGCGUGUUCCCCGCACGGCGCGAGCAGUCCUAGGUUUGUUGACCACGGGAUGACGGCCUCCUUCGCGGACAUGCGAGAAAGUCCCCGCACCAGCAAGGAGAGCUGCACCAAUAUGGGAGGGUCGUCGUGCCUUCGGGAGCGCAAAAGGUCUUCAUUCCUCGCGCGAGUAGACUCGGCUCUGCAGCUCGCUGCGACGCGCAGACGCACGACGGGUAAAAGAAGCAGUAAGUGCAGCCUGGUAAGCGGUUACUCGCCGCUCGCUUCCUCCCCAGGUAUUACCAUGAAUGACCCGCGGAUCGUGGGGCAGUCAAAUGUCACGUCUCCCUCCGAGAUGCGGCAGGGGCCGUCGCGGUACUUCCAGCAGAAAGCGACCGCAGAACAAAUACACGCUCGAAUACUGCAGCACCAGCACCGAAGUUAUGGG